AUGGCUCCAAAUCUCUUCCUCUGCCUGCGCACCCUCUGCUGCCCCCUCUACUGGUUCCAGCACGGUGAUCGCGUCGAACCCGACCACAAUCGCGAACAACACUGGGACACUCCCGUUCCAGGAACAUACAAGUUUUUGCCCGGUCAAGGCUGGCACCUUGUCCGCCGUGACGGGCGCGACCAAGACGAAAAAGCUCCCGCUGCUCUGGUCUACUGCCGCGUGCUGCACCGCUACAUGUUUGAGUCUGAGCUCGACGAGCGCUCGCGCUUCUUCACUGCUCCCCUGCACAAGGGCGGUCGCCCUGAGAGGCUGCGCUUCUUCCUGCUUGAUGACGGCGUCCACUGGGUCGCUGGCUGGGACGCCAAGGGCCGGUUUAUUCCGGGUCCGUAUCCUAAGUGGUGGUUGGACGAGGACGGUGAGACUAUGCGCCGAGGCGUCUCGCCCCCUACCAGUGCCAAUGUUUCGCGCUGCAACAGUGUUAUUGCGGGCAAGAUUGAGUAA